UGGGACUAAAUGGUGGAUGGCUUGUAAUUGGAUCUAAGUAAGGAGUGUUGUCAUUGAUUUGAAAGCUAUUCCUUGGGCUUUUCUUCAUCAUACAUAAAUGUCUGUUUGAGCGCAAACUGUUAUUAUUUGACUAAGGGUGCACUCACACUAGGCAAUCUGGCCGUGGCCGUUGGCCGUUUUCACACCUAACCGUGCUCAACUGGCCCCAUUGUUCUUACGGCCACGGCCAGAUGGCCUAGUGUGAGUGCACCAAAGGUUCAAACUGAAAUGUCAGGUUUUGUCAUGUUUCGUUGAACAUAAACAUGGAGUAGGGAAAUACUAUUAGAAAUGAUUAACAGGGUCUGAAAAUAUCUAACCAGUAGGUGUAUGGUAAAAAAAAGACAAUUUGCAUUUCAACAACCGACUAGUAAUGUAAACAUGCUUUGUGAUAUCAGCCCUUCCCUUUGUGAACAUCAAGGCCUCUCAUGAGCCUGUGUGUCUCAUAACACCACACAUCUAAAUACACAGAUACAUCCACGGCGGCCAUUGAACCGGUUGCCCAGAGACGGUUUAAAUGAGCAGGACAACCAAUUACAAUGGGCUUCUUAUUAAAUUUCCACAAUCUGAACUGAGAUAGGGGUUAUACAGUUUGACGAGCAACGCAAAGGGGUGUGUCUUCACGUAACCAAACAGUGUGUUAAAGAAAAGGUCACCUGCCCGUCUGUGGCCCCAGUCCACCCUAACGACUGGAUGGUACGGACUGUCUACUUUGGGACGUGAUGGGGCUCCAGAAGUUUCUGAAUUGACAAAAGGUGUUCAUCAAGACAUCGGUGGCCAAUGACUCAGUCAGGAUGACCAUCAACAUCCUGAUAAUCUCCGUCUACACCAUCACCCUGACCAUGGGAGUGCCGGCCAACAUCCUGGCCUUCUAUACCUUCUGCCGCAAGGUCCGCCGCAAUCCCACGGCCAUCGACGUCCUCCUCCUCAGCCUCACCAUCUCAGACCUCAUCUUUCUCACACUCCUGCCCUUAAAGAUAAAGGAGGCCCUGGACCAAAUGACCUGGAAUAUGCCCACCGUCCUGUGCCCCAUCACCAGCUUCCUGUUCUACACCACCAUAUACAACAGCACCCUGCUGCUGACGGCGGUCAGCCUGGAGCGCUACUUGGGCGUGGCCUUCCCCAUCAUGUAUUCGCGGUGCCGCCGGCCCCGCUAUGCCGUCAUUGCCAGCGUCCUCUCCUGGGUGGUGUGCUCCCUCAACCUUGUGUUCGUGUACAUCGUGCCCAACCGCAACGCGUUUGUCAGCCACAACGGCUCGGACCUGACCACGCGCCAGUGCUACAUGAACUUCAGCGUGCAAGAGCUGGAAAUACUGAUGCGCGUGCGCCUGGAGCUCUUCUUUGUCCUCUUCUGCGCGCCCUUCUUCGUCUCCUGCUUCUGCUACGUCAACUUCAUCCGCAUCCUCUCCCGCCUGCCGCACAUCAGCCGGCGGCGGCGGCUCCGCGCUAUAGGGCUGGCCGUGGGCACCCUGAUGGUGUUUGCCUUCUCCUUCGGUCCCUACAACUUCUCCCACGUGGUGGGCUUCGCCCGCAAGGAGGACGAGUGCUGGAGGCAAGUGGCGCUGCUCGCCAGUACCUUAAACUCCUGCCUCGACCCCAUCAUCUUCUACAUGACCUCCUCGGAUGUCCGCAGCAUACUCCGUGGCGUCCUGCACAACAUCAUGGCCAAGCUGCACCUCCUCCGCUGUGGAGGUGGAGAAGGAGGUGGAGAAGGAGGAGGAGGUGGAGAAGGAGGUGGAGAAGGAGGAGGAGGAGAAGGAGGAGGAGGUGGUGGAGAAGAAGGAGGAGGUGGUGGAGAAGAAGGAGGAGGUGGUGGAGAAGAAGGAGGAGGAAGUGGAGAAGGAGGUGGUGGUGUAGCUCUGACUCAAGCAGCCCCGGUCGAGACGUGCAAGGAAAAAGAAGUUCCAGGGUAGAAAGUUGGACAAUAUUUUGAUUGUGACUGGCUUUUUUAGAAAGCCGUACUCGACUGGUCAAAUCCGAUCUUUUUUUUUUUUACUUCUUACGCAGGAAUGGCGACGUAUCAAUGAGGAAAGGGGAGCUAAUUAUUUCGGACUCCGAAAUGCCGAUAGUUUCCUUUGUUUGUUUUAAUGUUUCAACAAUGUUUGUGAGAGUCAUUUAUUAUGUAUAACCCAUGUGUAACUGACUUUCAAAAUGCCACAGGCCUACUGCCUUUAGACUGUUUAGCAGGAAUCUGUAAUUGACAGGGACUAAGGACCCGCCAUUUUGUUUGUGAUGGAGUUAAAAUCACUGAUAUUAACAAAACCAUCAAACGUGUUAACGUUGGUAAUCGCAUGGUCCACUAUAAGCUACAUGCCCGGUCAGGACUCAUUGCAUUAUAUAAUGUGAUGCUCCUUGCUUGGUCAUCCAAUAAACUAAUUAUGAAGGUUACGUCAAAGUAAACAUACUGAGGGCAAACAAUAGAGCGCAAUGAAGGCACAGCACGAGGGAAAUGUAAUUGUGAUUGUGUCAAUUCGAAUGUGACAAUAUAAAACUUAAUGAGAGGAUUUUAAUUGUCACAAAAUAAUAUUUUGCAACUUUGCUAACCUGUCAGAUAAAUGUUCUUGGUAGAAUAGAUUGAGAUACGCCUAGUCCUAGGUAAUUAAUAACUGGGAUAAACCAACAGAGACUAGAGUUUGGUCACCAACAAGCUAAA